GUUUGGUAUAUAAAAGUUUAGUAUGAAGCGGCGACCGUCAGUCAAGCUCCAAACAGUGGGUAGUGAACACAUCGCGGUCUUAACUAGAACCCAACCAAGUAAAUACACUACUCAUUCAUUCGUUAUUUGCCGCCAAUGUUACGUUAUUAAAGGCCUCACAUAUAAAUUCAUAGCGCGUCAGUCUAACGAACGCCUCCACACACAACAUCGUAGCCAUCUAACAAAGUAGUGAUCCAUUGUUUUCCUCCCCAGAGUAAACCUUAAUCAGUGAUGACAACAACAUGAACUGAGGAAAAAUCUUGCCGUUCCUGUUUAUUUUCCUUUUUUUUCUUUCACGAGGAAUUAUUUAUAAGUCGAGGGAAGAAGCAGAAGCUAUGGCUACAAAGGAGGAUAAAAAUAAAACGGCAAACAGUCCCUUGAACUGUUGCCAAAGUAACGAUUCGCUGACUUCCACUUCGACGGGAAACGAUGAUGUGAAUAUCUGUGAGGCAAUGAACAAUUUCGUGAUAUCCCCUAAACGCAAGCAGUCCACCAGCAACAACAACAUUUUGAUGCAUAAAAAACUGAACAAGACCUUUCCGAAGCGUGAUCCUGUCAAUUUGAAAUUUGACGAUGUCACCUUUACAGCAACGUCUUGGAACUUCAACAAAUCCCUACAAAGAGAAAGUAAGCAAAUUCUGCACGGCGUUUCUGGUGAAUUCAAAUCAGGAGAAUUGACUGUCAUCAUGGGACCAUCCGGAGCCGGAAAAAGUACACUUCUCAAUGGAUUAGCCGGUUACAUCACACGCGGUUUCCAUGGGAACGUAAUGUAUAAUGACGAGAUUCGCGACGGAAGUCCGAGAUUCAAGAAGCUGGUGGCAUACAUUCCGCAAGAUGAGGAGUUGAGACUGUCUUUAACUGUGAUCGAGAACAUGAUGCUCGCAGCCGAUCUUAAAUUAGGUUACAGCGUUAGCGCGGAGUACAAGCUGCAGCAGGUCGAAGAACUUCUAGAGAUUUUGGGUCUCGAGAGGUGCCACAGCACGUUGACAUCGCGCUUAUCCGGUGGUCAACGGAAACGUCUUGCCAUAGCGUUAGAAUUGCUCAGCAAUCCGCCUAUACUGUUCCUGGAUGAGCCAACAACUGGUUUGGAUAGUUUAUCAUGUAGUCAAUGCAUAGCAUUAUUAAAAAAACUGGCGCAAGAAGGAAGGACGGUCAUUUGCACUAUCCACCAACCUUCGGCUUUACUAUUCGAAAUGUUCGACCAUUUGUAUGUCCUCGCGGAAGGAAAACGUAUCUACGAUGGAACAAUCAAACAACUCUUGCCACACUUAUCCAAAGCUGGACUUCAAUGCCCAUCGUUCCACAACCCGGCAGAUUUCUUAAUGGAAGUUGCAAUUGGUGAAUACGGAACCGAUGUUAAGAUGUUAGUAAAAUUAGCUAAUGAAAAUAUACAACGUCCAGAAGUGAGAAACUUGAACGAUAAAGAAAAAGAAAUGUUGUCAAGUUCAAAAUUGAUGACACGGAGUAUCGAGGAGAUAGUGCAUUAUACUACACCGAAACCUGCGAACAGCCUUAUGCAAUUUUUACUUCUGUACAAGAGAAAUCUGAUGAUAGCGAAAAGGCAAUAUAUGGUUAUGAUGAAUCGAUUUAUGUCCCAUGUACUAAUAGCCUUCUUGUUCGGAUAUUUAUACAAAGACGUUGGUUUCAAUGCUAAUACGAUAUUAGCCAAUUACGUAUAUUUGUAUGGGUCUUUAUUAUUGGUUGUUUAUACUGGUCAAAUGUCUGUUACCAUAUCAUUUCCACUUGAGAUGAAAGUGCUAUGUCGAGAACAUUUCAAUCGGUGGUUCAAACUAACGCCAUAUCUGUUAUCCAUGUUAUUAAUAGAAAUACCGUUCCAAAUUGCAUGCACUUGGGUUUACGUUGCCAUAACGUAUUGGCUGACUGGACAACUUGUCGAUGAAAGAUUGUAUUUCUUUAUAAUCUUUUGCACGCUAGGAACGCUGUGCGCGCAAUCAUGGGGAUACUUCAUUGGAUCCACAACUCCAAUAUCCAUUGCAGUAUUCGUUGGGCCGGUCUUAGCGUGCUUAUUCUCUGUAUUCGGAUUUUGUAUUCGUUACGUAGAUACACCAGUACUGUUUAGAUGGCUCUACCAUCUGAGUUAUUUUCGAGCUGGUUUUCAUGGACUCACUUAUGCCAUUUACGGUCUACCCAGAAAAGAGCUUUUUUGUCCAGAUGAAGAUCUCUACUGCCAUUACCAAGAUCCAACGAAAUUCUUAAGAGAAAUGGACGUUGUCGACAUUAACCUGUGGACGAACAUGUCUAUAAUUGUGUUGAUCACAUUCGUAAUGCACGCUUCAACGUAUGUCACCAUUUGGAUAAAAUUGAAUAAGCGUUCGCAGAGAGCGCGGACAGUGAACGUUGUAUCCAUCCAAAACAUGGAUGCGGGCUCCUCGUCUAAGGCGGCUGUGCCGCGCAUCAAAAAUUUGGCAAAAAGGCCAGACUCUCUAAAACUCGAACUUCUUACAAUUCACGAGGAUUCAGUGAGGAAAAGUUUCACACCCGCACAGAAUGACAACGAUGUGCACAUUGGAUUCAGGAAUUUGACGUACUCUGUACGAGAAGGACUAUUCAAAAACCGAAGAAGAAAAUUAAUUAAUGAAAUCAAUGGAGAUUUUUAUGCCGGAGAAUUAACUGCCAUAAUGGGUCCAUCGGGCUCUGGGAAAUCAACACUUAUGAACAUACUUGCUGGAUAUACAACGAACGGCGUAGAUGGAACGCUCUUAGUCAACGAGGAAUUGAGAGAAGAAAAUAGCUUUAGGAAAAACUCCUGUUACAUAAUGCAAGAUGAUAAUCUACAACCACUAUUGACUGUGAUGGAGGCCAUGCUGGUGGCAGCCAAUCUUAAACUUAAUCCAGAAAUUUCACCCAAAGAUAAGCAGAAGCGAACGAAGGAAAUUCUAGAGGCGAUGGGUCUGUGGGAGAGCAGGAAAGUGAGAACGUCCUCGUUAUCUGGAGGGCAGAGGAAAAGACUUGCCAUAGCUUUAGAAUUACUUAAAAACCCUCAGGUCAUGUUCUUCGAUGAACCAACUAGUGGCUUAGACAGUUCGACGACGAAACAAUGCAUAAUGCUUUUGAAGCAAUUGGCGCAAGAAGGAAAAACUGUCGUUUGUACAAUUCAUCAGCCGAGUGCGACGGUUUUCGAAAUGUUCGAUCAUCUUUACGCAAUUGCCGAUGGAAGCUGCAUAUACCAAGGAUCCAUCAAAGGUUUAAUACCGUAUUUAGAUCAAUCCGGAUUACAUUGUCCCUCAUACCACAACCCAGCUGAUUAUUUACUUGAAGUUGCAACUGGGGAGUACGGAUGUCACGUUGAACAUCUGAUGGGUAAAUCCCAGAACGGACUUUGUAACGAUUGGAGGAAGUCCCAAAGGGAUACCCUGCAAAUUCAAUCAAUAGAACAUAUAGAUAAGAUGAUGAAAAAUGGACUUUUGACACCGGUGAAAGCGCCGCCAGUAACAUUCCCAAUGCUCACCAUGGUUAAGGAACGCAAGAGCACGACGUGCUUCGAUUCCAAUUAUGAAACAUCUUUCAUUUACCAACUUUUCGUAUUACUUAAGAGGACGUUUCUUAUUCUAAGUCGAGAUAGGACAUUGACAUAUUCCCGCAUAUCUACUCAUGCAGCUGUAGCGUUGUUUAUAGGAAUACUUUAUUACGGCAUCGGCGAAGAUGCCUUCAACGUCUUGAACAACUUCAAUUACAUGUUCUUCUCAGUCAUGUUCUUAAUGUUAACAGCUUUUAACUGUGUCACAACAACAUUCCCUUCAGAAAUGCCUAUCAUCAUUAGAGAACAUUUCAACCGAUGGUAUUCUUUGAAGGCUUAUUAUUUAGCGAUAACAUUAGCCGAUAUACCAAUUCAGAUGAUAUCAACAUUUAUUUACGUUUUAAUAACUUAUUAUAUGACGUCACAACCAGUGGAAACUUUUAGGAUGUUACUAUUUCUAGUCAUGUGUGUAUUAGUUUCCUUAGUUUCCCAAAGUUUUGGUUUAUUUAUUGGAGCAUGUAUGGAUGUUAAGAAUGGUGUGAUCUUUGGUCCAUUCUGCUUUCUUCCAUUCACAAUAUUUUCUGGAUUCUUCGUCCAAUUGAACAAUGCUCAUCCGUACAUGCAAUGGGUAUUCCACAUAUCGUUCUUAAAAUACGGAUUCGAAGGACUCGUGUUAUCGGUGUUCGGUUACGAUCGUGGCAAAAUACCUUGCAACGCCGAUUACUGCCACUUCGUGUACCCAGAGAAGUUCCUAGACGAGAUGGACAUGGAGAAUGCGGUGUACUCACAUUCAGUAUACUUUUUAAUAGGCUUAGUAAUUUUCCUGAGAAUUUUGGCCUUCCUUGCACUGUUUGUUCAAAUUAGAAGGAAGAGGUGAUAAAACGAUAACGCCUAAAUACCAUUAAGACAAUAUAUUUUUCUUAGUAUUAAUCAAAUAUUAUCGCGGGAAAUUAGUACGGAUACCAUAUUUUAUAUUUGAUAAAGAAACACGUGUUCAUUGCAAAUUAUCAUCUGCUCAAAACGUAAAGAAUUGUGUAACAUAUCUUAGUGAUUAAGACUGUGUCCAUUAGACAUUAAGAGAAAAAUAAAGCAUAUGUGAUUUUAUUGAAUCAAGACAACAUUGUA